AUGACUGAGUUUGUACAUGAUUACUAUUGCCGUCGUUUGGGUUUCGUUGCUGUCUAUGCUAGAUGCUCUCGUUCCGAGCGCCGUGUUUUGUGGAAUUCGUUCCGCGACAUUUUUGAGACGAUUGGUGACACUCCUUGGAUUUCUGGGGGUGACUUCAACUCAAUCUUACUUGAGUCAGAACGGAAUAGAUCGGUUUCGGAUAGGAGACUAGAUAUGGCUGACAUCCGUCUUUUGGAGCGUUUGGACAGGAUUCUAUAUAACUCUGCUUGGCUAGAUUUACUGCCUAUUACGCAGGUUACCCACCUCUCACGGACCUGGUCGGAUCAUGCUCCUCUUUUGGUUUCAUCGGCUGCUUCUUCGUCUAGGCCUCCUGCUUCAUUCCGGUUUCAGCAUAUGUGGAUCCGCCACGCUACGUUUCGUCAGAUUGUGGAACAGGUUUGGGAUUUUCCGUGUGCUCAGACGGGGAUGCAUCGAUUACAUACGAAGUUGAGACGAUUGAAACAGAAGCUUCAGUGGUGGAAUUGGAAUGUUUUCGGGGACGUGUUCAAGAAUAAAGAGAGGGCCGAGGCAGCUGUUCUAGAGGCCGAGCACAUAUAUGACUUGGAUCGAUCCCCCGAGAAUCGUGCAAAUUUGAAAAAGGCCACUGCUGAACUUACUCUCAUGCUCAAUAUUGAGGAGGACUUUUGGAAGCAAAAGGCAGCUUGUAGAUGGGCGACUGAUGGAGAGAGAAACUCUAAGUUUUUCCACUCAUUAGUCAAGAAAAAGCGAUGUGUCAAUCGAAUCCACUCUAUCUCUCAUGGUGAUUCGGUUCUCACAUCAGCUCAGGAGAUCAAGGAUUCGGGCGUUGAUUUCUUUAGCAAGCUUCUUACCGAUGAUAUGCCUAGUUUGCUUCCGGUUGAUGAGUCCCUAUUUUCUGCUCCUCAAAGGGACUUUUCUUCAGUCUCUACUCGUCCGUCGGUUGAGGAGAUCAAAGAUGCGGUGUUUGGGAUUUGUCAAGAUAGUGCUUCGGGUCCUGAUGGGUAUUCUUCGCUAUUUUAUCAGCAUUGUUGGGACUUGAUUCAGUGUGAUGUUUGUGAAGCGGUUUGGGAUUUCUUCGAGGGUGGAUCUAUGCCUGCGAGCUUCACCGCUACCACCUUGGUUCUUAUUCCAAAGGUGGACUUUCCGACGGCUUGGACAGAUUUCCGCCCGAUUAGCUUGUGCAACGUGACCAAUAAAAUUAUCACCAAGGUACUUACGAACAGACUGGCACCUCACUUGCCCCACAUUAUUUCUCCUUCUCAGAGUGGGUUUGUUCAGGGUCGCCUCAUUAGUGAUAAUAUUUUAUUAGCACAAGAGAUGGUCCACUCGAUAUCAGUUCGUUGUCGAAAUCCGAAUCUUAUUUUGAAGCUGGAUAUGGCAAAGGCUUAUGAUAGAGUUCAGUGGCGGUUCUUAUUUCGUGUACUCGAGCUGAUGGGUUUCUCGGCGAACUUGGUUGAUAUUAUUCGGCGAUGUGUUUCGUCGUGCCAGUUCUCUUUACUAAUCAACGGGGAGCUGACGGGGUAUUUCACUUCGUCUCGUGGUCUAAGGCAGGGAGAUCCGCUCUCGCCGACUCUUUUUGUACUUGCGGCUGAGUAUUUUUCGAGAGGUCUCGAUGCACUAUACAGCCGUUGCCCAAGCAUGUUUUAUUCUACAAGGGAAGGCAUUCCUAUAUCCCAUUUGGCCUAUGCGGAUGAUGUGAUGAUAUUUACCUCGUGCCAUAAUUUUGGCCUGAAGAAGCUGCGGGAUUUUCUCGAUCAUUACUGUCGGACUUCGGGUCAGUUGAUUAGUGUGCACAAGAGCACUUUCACAGUUGAUAGGGCAUGUUCUGAUGGUCAUCUUCGCACUAUUUCUCGGAUUCUCAGUUAUCCGAGAAAGGAUCUUCCUAUCAUUUAUCUUGGAGCUCCACUAUACAAAGGGAGGGACCGGGGCAGUUUGUUUCACACUUUGAUUGAUCGCAUGCAAGCCAGGAUUUCGGGUUGGGCUCGGACCGCUUUGGCUUUCGGGGGCCGUCUUGCCUUGAUCCGGAGUACGCUUUCGACUAUGGCUUUGCAUCUUGUUCAGGUUAUUCAACCUCCGCAGUACAUUAUUCAGCAGAUUGAGCAGUGCAUGGCCCGAUUUCUCUGGGGAUCUUAUGGUAAUCAGCGCCGGCCUCAUUGGGUUGCUUGGGAGACGAUUUGUCGGCCAAUUAGUGAGGGUGGCUUGGGGUUGAGGCGUUUGACGGAUGUGAUUGACGCCUUCACUUACAAGCUCUGGUUUCGAUUCCGUGCUCAGGAUUCUCUUUGGGCCCGUUUUCUCCGAAACAAGUAUUGUCGGAAUCGGUUCCCAGGUUCAUCCGUUGUGUCUUCACUCUAUAGCACGGUGUGGAAGCGCAUGUGCCGUGUCCGAGAGCGUGUUCAAGCUCAAAUAUUUUGGCGGAUUGGUCCAGGUCAUGUUUAUUUCUGGCACGACCACUGGUUUGGCGAUGGUCCCCUUUCGGGCAUUAUUGAUGGUGGUCGGCUAACAUCAGUUCGUGUGGAGUAUUAUUUGGUCAACGGUCAGUGGGAUCGAAACAAGCUAGCUGAGGAUAUUCCUUUUGAGUGGAUCGAUAGGAUUUGCUCGGUCCCAAUCUCUGGUGCUUCGGGUGAUUUGCCCAUUUGGAGAGCUUCUUCGGAUGUUCAGUUAUCCAUUGGUUUUGAGGUUUUCGUGCUCUUUGCAUAUAAUUUUCUCAAAAUUUGGGCUGCUUUCAUUCCUUGUGAUCUCAGCCUCGUUUUUUGCAUCCAUUCUUGGGCGUUUUUUGCUCGUUGUGCUUCUUUAAUUUCAGUUUUAGUGGAGGUUUGUUUCGUCCUCAUUUUGUUUCGUGUCUUGUCAUCGGUUUUUCGUGUCUCCGUCGUAUCUCCGCCUUCUCUCGGUGGAGAUCUUCGAGUGGGUAGCUGCUGCUUGUGCCCCCGCAUGAAUCUAGACUCUCAUCUUGUCUUGGUUCCUCCUUUAAUGAGUGUAGCAAAUCAAGAUCAUUCCAAAUCAGGACCUUCCUUUUCGGACGUGGUAAUUAUGGAAGAUUUCACCAAUCAAUCUUCCUUGAUUGUGGAAGCUGAAUCUUCUACACAAGGCAAGGUCUCCACAAUUCAAAUUUCACCAACCACUUUUCCCGCCCAUUCCACCUCACCCCUUGACUUGGCUAGAACUCCUCACCUCAGCCAACCACAAUUCGCCAAGUUUACACCACUUGCCAAAUCACCAUCCUAUGUGGAUUUUUCAAGCCUCAAACUACCGGUCCCUAAGCCCAUCUCAGCCCCUAACUCUCCUAAGAAAGGCCUAUCUUCCACUCUAAAACCAGCUCACGAUAAUAUUACUCAAAUCCGAGCCCAAAACCCUAAAACGGACCACCUAAACCCCAAUCUUAUGGCCCAAGCUGGUUUUAAGUCCAAUUCAAACACUGAAAAUGAUAUUUAUACCCCUAUUUCUAAAUUGGACAAUCAUAAUCCGAAUUCCCAAUUCCAAACCCAAAAUGGGUAG